UCCCGGGGCGAGUGCUUUCUCUGGGUGUCUAUUAAGGAGAUCAUGGCGGCAGUAGUGAGGGCAGCGGGUACAGCACCUCGGGGCGCCCAGGGCGUGAAGCACAGUCCGGAGAAGAGAAGCCGGGAAACAGCCGAGGGGAGAACCCCCGGGUCUUCGCCGAAACAUGCUCCUACCCCAGCUUCAAAACCGCUUCCCAUUGGCUAAGCCCGCCCCCAAUAUUGACCAAUCACACGUAGUCUUGUUCGGUGACUCUCGUCGUGGCCACACCCCUCCACAAAUCAGAGAAGGGUGUUACUUGCGAUUGGUUGAGGAGACCUAUCCCGCCCGCUGCUGGAGAAAAAGGCAAACGCUGGUGGCGGGAAGUUUUCCGUGGAGAGCGGCUGAAAACUUUUCCAUCAUUGAUGUAGUCAGGCUGAAGGAUCACAUAUUUGCUGUUGCCAUUAGUCGAAUCAUCAGCUUUGAGGAAUUGGAUUCUAUAACCAAUGAGCUACAUGCAGUAGACCUUCAAGUUCGGGAACUUCUGGAAAAGCAACAAGAGCUCAUUCAGAAAAAGAACAUCCUAACAAACCGAAUAAAGCAGCAUUUAGAGGCUUCUAAUGCUGGGAAAAGCAGUGAAUGGGAUUCUUCACCUGCUGCUUGGAAUAAAGAUUACAAGGCACUUGGUAUCUUGAAGCGGCAGUUCCCUAACACCACUCCAGUAGGGCUGACUGCAACCGCAACAAGCCAUGUUCUGAAGGAUGCCCAGAAAAUACUACAGAGAGAGGCAGAGGGAGAAGCA